AUGUCCAUGUCUAAUUUGAACGUUGAGGAGCUAAAACUCCUUUUUACCUAUAGAUGCAUGCUCGCUGCUAGCACGGCCGUACUUAUCUGGGACAGUGCACUCAUGAUAAGAAGGGAAAUUGGGGCAAUGAAAAGAAUUAAUAGCAUUGUCCUUAGGAUCGCCUUUGCAGGCAACAGAAUUGGUGCAAUGGUGAUGGUUAUCCCAUUUUACAGAAUCAUGUUUUCCAGUGCCGACUUGAAUGAUCACAGGCUGCUUCUGACCACUCCUUUUAGGUGUGCUGAUGGGGUACUCGUUAUUGGAAUACUCUUUGUCAUUGCGGAUGCGUUGGGAAACUUUGGUGCCCUCAUUUCGUUGAGUUGUAACUUAGUCUUGAUGGUCAUCAACAACCAAUCGGAGUGGAAGUACAUGCGCUGGGUGGGCAUUCCAGGAGUACGCACGUGCUUGAUUGGAGACUGGCACAAUUUCUUCGUCAUGGGGAUAUUCGUCAUCGAGCUUGUAUUUGACCUGUAUGCAGUGCUGCUGAUUUAUGUCAAUGUGAUGGACAUUCCGAGGACAAGUGAUUCACAGAUACUGGGACUGCUGCACAUGCAGGGGUUGUGGUUUAUGACAAUAACCAUAGGAAAGCUAUUGGGUGAUCGCUGUCAUGUAGCCUUGCUUAAUUCCCGGCUGUUUGUUCGCGCUUGUGAUUUUUGCGAGGAAAUGCAAGCUAAUAGGGGGUUACUUGAGGAAUUCACUCUGGGAAACCUGAAGACGGCGGAAAUAUUACCAAUAGCUAAGAUUCAAACCCUCUCCAACGAGAAACAUGUUGAAAGGCGGUUCAAUCUGAUGCAACGUUUGGUCAUUGCCCAGGUUACGCAUGUCUUGUUUCUUCUUGAUGAAGUGCCAUGCCAGGUUAUCCUUGUCCGAAGCUAUAGCAUGGGUGACCGUAUUCCCCUAUUGUUUUCAGGGCAUAAAUGGGAUACCAUUGGGCCAUAUAAACUUGCAAGUCCCGGGCACUGUGCCACUACUUUCCCUCUGCAUGCUACUUCACCGGCACCUCUGAUGUAUGCUCUAUGCGCCGAAGGCGUCCUUGCCAUCGGUAUAAUCUUCGUCUUUGCAGACGCGAUAGGAAAUUUCUCAGCAGUGGGGCGAAUCUUCCUACUAUGGAACAAGAGCCCAAGGAUGCUUCUUUAUCUGAUAUCAGGCGCCUUCAUUGCACUGGGCUGUAACUUAGCCUUGAUGAUCAUUAAUAGCCGCACUGCAUCAGAAAUAGUAUGGAUCGGAGUUCCGAGGAUACAUACCUGCUUGAUUGGAAACUGGAGUGGCCCGCUCAUCACUGGAAUAUUCAUAGUCGAGUUAGCAUUUGAUUUGUAUGCAGCCUUGUUAACCUGCGCAAACGGGAUGGGUAUUCCGAGGACAAGCAAUUGUCAACUCUUUGCGCUUCUUAACAAGCAAGGACUGUUUCUUAUGGCAUCAACGAUAGAAACUGCGUUGGACGACGACGAAGAUGCAGAGGAAGGAAUUGAGUUGACACCUCCCAGCGAGAACCGCAUCCAAAUCCCCAAACUACCAUUCUACUCUAGCAAUCCGGACUUAUAUUCGUUUGGCCUUGGAUUCGGCAGUUGA